GGAGGACCAAGAAAAAAAAACAAAAAUACAAAUUAGUUCUUACGAAAAGAGGCAAAUGAGUUAUUUUGAUCAAUUAAACCAUCCAUGAGCAUAAGCAGGUGAAUUGGAGCAUACUAUUAUCGUAAAAACCUUUAUAAGCCCUUGUAGACUUGUAGUAGUGAAGAGUGAAGUGCGAAGGACAAUGAGUGUUCGGUCCAAAAACUUGAACUCUGUAUUCUAUGCAGAUUCGUACCAUCCCAUUCAAGCUGGCAGCAUCGACGGCACCGAUGUUGUUCCUCACGAUAACGCCGUUUAUCGCGCUCAACUCUGUUCCUCCAUCGGCCUCUAUGACCCAUUUGGUGAUCCCAAGGCCACUGGAGACCCUUAUUGCACUCUCUUUGUCGCUCGUCUCUCUCGCCUCACCACCGAAGAUGAUCUCCGCAAGGUCAUGAGUAAGUAUGGUCGAGUGAAGAACUUACGCUUGGUUAGGGACAUUGUGACGGGAGCUUCUCGUGGUUAUGCUUUUGUUGAAUACGAGACUGAAAGGGAGAUGCGACGAGCAUAUAUGGAUGCUCAUCAUUUGAUUGUUGAUGAUUCUGAAAUCAUAGUUGAUUACAACAGACAGCAAUUGAUGCCUGGAUGGAUUCCUAGAAGGUUAGGUGGUGGUCUUAGUGGUAAGAAGGAAUCGGGACAACUUCGUUUUGGGGGGAGAGAAAAGCCAUUUCGUGCACCCCUGAAACCAAUUCCAUAUGAGGAGUUGAAGAAGCUUGGCAUCCCCCCUCCUCCCGAGGGAAGAUACAUGUCACGCUUUCAGGUGCCAUCGCCUCCUAGAAGUGAAAGGAGCCUUUCAGACAGGGAAGAAGACUCUCAUAGCCACAGAAGGGGAUCUAAUGACAGGAACAGGAACAAGACGGAAGAUGGACUCAGAAGUUCAGUGGACAUUGAGGAAGGGCAUUAUAGGAGUUCAAGUCAUCAUGAUAACCACUCACGUGGAAGGAGCUCUAUGGAGAGGAGUGGUCGUUACCAUGACCGGAGUUCAUCUGAGAAAGAACAUCGACACGGGAGUUCUACUGACAAAGACAAACAUUCUCAGAAGAGAAAAGAAAGUGACAGGAGUUCACUUGAGAAAGAACGUCGACACAGGAGUUCUACUGACAAAGACAAACAUUCUCGGAAGAGAAAAGAAAGAGAUGAACGGUCUCAAAGGCGGGAAAAAUAUAGUCACCAUUCCCCUCACAAGGACUAAGCUGUACAACUCAUUAUUAUCACCCUUCUGUUGUGCUUUUGUGCUUUGUGUAUGGUAUAUGCAUGGGAGAAAUGGGAAUGCAAAGUGGAAAUCCUCAGAUUUCUCAAUAAACGCGAGACUGGUGCAUGUAUAGGUUCAAUGAUAAUCAUGCUUCGGUUUAUAUUUUUAUAGGGGGUGUUGUAUGCAAAAGCAUUCAAUCUCAUACCAGAAACGUGUUGCUGUCGAGAAGUCACUAAUCAUCCAUCUCGACGUCUUCGUGAUUUUUGUUUGGAAUUAGUCUAUAUACGUUUCUUUAUCAUCAAACAAUGAAGCAGGUAAGUUGAAUUUGGAAAAGCCAACCAAAAGGUCCCUAACUACAUGUAAGGGAAAUGUAUUGUAGAUCCAA